CCCGGCCUUUACUUUCCUCCCUCUUUCUUCUUCCUAUUCCUCUUCUAUCAUUGUUAAUCUUUUGAAAGAAAGUUCUCAAAUCCAAAAUGAAACCACCAUUCAUUGCCAAUUUAAACAGUUGAAAAGAUCUUUUAAAGCUUUGUUAAUGGCUACAUCUCAGUUGACUUACCAUGUGUUCUUGAGUAGAGGUGAUGACACUCGUUGGACCUUCUCCGAUCACCUCUAUACAGCUUUGUUUGGUUCAGGUUUUCGCACUUUCGUAGAAGACGAUGAUGAUGAACUAAUACAGAGAGGUGUCAAUACUAGUAAGUUAGAGUUGAAGAGAGCAUUAAUCAAACAAUCAAGGAGUUCGAUAAUUGUGUUCUCCAAAGACUACGUUUAUUCAGAUUCGUGUCUUGACGAGCUUGUAAUGAUCCUCGAGCACAAGAGGGAAUCUAAACAUGUAGUUUUACCAGUCUUUUAUGAUUUGGAUCCGUCCCAUGUGAGGAAGCAAAUGGGGAUUGUUGAAGAAGCAUUUUCCAUGCAUGAAGCUCGAGUUGAUGCGGGAAGCGAUGAGAGAAAAAAUAAAUAUGAAUCGGAUAAGGUAGAAGGGUGGAGGGCAGCACUCAGAGAAGUUGCAGAUCUAGGAGGUUUGGUCCUACAAAAUCAAGCUGAUGGGUACGAGUCAAAGUUUAUCAAGAUAAUUGUUCAAGAGAUUGCAAACAAAUUGGAUCGAACAGUAUUGAGCAUCACCCCCUACCCAACUGGAAUAGAUUCUCGUGUGAAUGACAUUAAUUUGUGGCUUCAAGAUGGCUCAAACAAUAUUGGCAUAAUGGUUAUUUAUGGAAUGGGUGGAAUAGGGAAGACAACCCUUGCCAAAAUUGCUUAUAACCAAAACUUUGACAGAUUUGAAAGUAGCAGUUUUCUUGCAGAUAUUAGAGAAUCUUCAACACAACCCAAUGGUUUGCUUCGUCUACAAAAACAACUUCUUUCAAACAUUCUCAAGCGGAAAAAGGAAAGGAUACACAAUGUUGAUGAGGGAAUCAUUAAGAUUAAAGAUGCAAUGUGCUGUAAAAGAGUUCUUGUUGUUCUUGACGAUGUUGAUGAACUGGACCAAUUAAAUGCAAUACUUGGGAUGCGAGAUUGGCUUCUUCCAGGAAGUAAAAUUAUCAUAACAACCAGACGGGAGCGAAUCUUAAAGGCUCAUGAACGGUGUGAGAUGUACAAAGUUAAGGAAUUGAGUGACGUUGAAGCACUUUGUCUCUUCUGUCGGCAUGCUUUUGGACAAGACCAUCCUGUUGAACCUUACGUCGAGCAGUCCAAAAAGGCAACAUACUACUGCAAUGGUCUUCCAUUAGCUCUGGAAGUCUUGGGUUGUUCUCUCUCUGGUGAAAAUGUUGAUGUAUGGGAAAGUGCAUUGACAAAGUUGGGAAGAUUUUCAAAUGUCAAAUUACACAAUGUACUUCAAAUAAGCUAUGAUUGUUUGGAUGAUCAUGACAAAGAUUUAUUCCUUGAUAUUGUUUGUUUCUUUGCAUGGAAAGGCAAAGAUCACAUGGUUAAAAUACUAGAUGGAUGUGACUUCCACACAACAGUUGGAGUACAAAAUCUCAUUCGUAGAUGUCUUGUAGGGAUUAAUGAGGUUGACAACAAUACUCUCAUAAUGCAUCAAUUGCUAAGAGACAUGGGUAGGGAAAUUAUUCGCCAAGAAUCACCAAAGGAACCUGGAAGGCGUAGUAGAGUAUGGCAUCACAAGGAUGCUUUCAACGUAUUGAACGAAAAUACUGGAACAGAAGCAAUUGAAGGCCUUAUCCUGGACUUGCAAGAACAGAAGGAAGAAAUGAGAGUCAAGAAAAUAACUAAUCCAAAACUUCGCCAUAUAGCACAUCUACUUUGUGAACGUAGAUCAUCAAAGCGUCGCCGUCUUGGUUGGCUUCCUAUAAAUUAUGCCUCAACAGGACAACCUUCAGAAUUAGGUGAAUUGGAUUUAAACACUGAUGCAUUUUCACAAAUGCACAAGCUACGGAUACUCCAACUCUAUGAUGUACAUCUUAGUGGAGGCUAUGAUGAAUUUCCUAAGAAAUUAAGAUGGUUGUGUUGGCAUGGAUUCCCUUUAACAGUUAUACCUGAUGAUUUUCCUCUAGAGAACAUGGUUGUUCUUGAAUUUUCCAAUAGCAGCUUGAAACAAUUUUGGAAGGGAAGCAAGUUGCUCGAACAAUUGAAAAUCCUCAAUCUCACUCGUUCCUACGACCUUACUAGUUCCCCUGAUUUCUCAAAGCUUCCUAAUCUUGAGAGGUUGAUUCUUAAAGAUUGUAUCAAGUUGGUUGAGGUUCAUGAGUCCAUUGUGGAGCUAGGGAGACUAGUUUUGUUGAAUCUAAAAGGCUGCAAAAAUCUUAAGAAGCUCCCAAGGAAAAUUUCUCAGCUUAAUACCCUUGAAAAACUUAAUAUUUCGGGUUGUUCAAAGCUUGAUGAGUUGCCUACAGAUUUGGGCGAGAUGAAUUCUUUGAGAGAGUUUCAAGCCGAUGGAGUAAACAUGUUGUCCACAACCACGGAAGAGGUUAAGUCAUGGCAAGCAGUUGUCAAGUCUUGGGUGUCAAAACCAAGUAAAAGACCUGUAUUUUCAUUGGCUUCUUUACCAAAAUUUGUAGUAUAUUUAAGCCUUGAAGAUUGCAAUCUAACCGACAAUACAUUUCCUAAGGAUCUUAGUAGCAUGCCUUUGUUGCAAGGAUUGAGACUCAGCAGAAAUCCAAUCUGUAACUUACCAGAAUGCAUAAAAAAUCUUAGUGCGCUCAUGGAACUUGAUUUACAGCGCUGCACGAAGCUCCAAGCACUUCCAGAGCUCCCAAUGAGUUUAUUGGGAAUGACAAUAUAUGGAUGCAAGUCACUGGAAAGGGUAACAAAUCUACCAAACCUGUUGAAUUCACUGAUGCUGAGCACAUAUGGUUGUGUAAAACUAGUUGAGGUUGAGGGAAUGUUCAAGUUGGAAUCCAUUGAUAAAAUUGAUUCAGAAAUUAUGGACAACUUGGGCUUGUCUCAGUUGGAAUCCAUGGACUGCCUUGACAUGAAAUUGCUCAGUAAUCUUACAUUCACAAAAAGGAAAGUUCAAGAACUCCAGGUACUAUAUGAAUGCGGUAUAUACAGCAUAUUCCUUCCAGGGAAUGCGGUCCCAAGCUGGUUCAACAAUAAGAGUACGGGUCCGCGAUAUCUUUUCAUGUGCCUUGGCUUCCCAAUCUCAAGACUUGGGGCUUGAAAAUAUGCAUUUGCUAUGCAGUUGCUUUGGAUUUCAAGAAGGCAACAUGGAUGAAUGGAUGUAUUAUAGUCAGCAAUAAGACCAAGGGUAAAAAAUGGACCUAUAGGCCAGCAUUCAUAGGCAUUGCAGAAGAAGGCAAAGAUAUUCUAUGGUUGAGUGAUUGGAAGAGUGGGAAUCAGCUAAUGGAACGUGGCGAUGAGGUGACUGUGUCGGUGAACAUGGAAGAAUAUUAUCAAGUGAAGGAAUUUGGAAUUCGAAUUGGGUGCAAUGAGCAAGAAAAUGAGCGAGAGGAUGGUACCCAACACGGGAAUGGCAUUGAUUUGUCAGUGUAUCGAAUGAGAGAAGGCCAAUAUUUUCUUUGCAAUCAUGAAGACUUUGUUAGGUCCAGUUGCUACUCGAGGAUAGCUGCAGGGUCGCGGUUGGACUUAGUUGAAACAUGUUUGUGUGGAUUCCAGUGUGAGAAACAUGCAAAGCAGUAGUACUGACAAAAUAAAAAUAAAGGUUAUUCUUGAUUUUUGAGGGUUACUAUAAGUUGUAUUAUUUUUACAUCAGAAUGUUUCAUUUGGAGGUUUUGCACUAAAGAUAUUAGUACUACACAAAAAUAGCUAUUUGGUCCCUCUAGUUGGAGGUUGAUGUUGCUUCUCCA